GCUCCAUUGGCUCUUGGGAUUUCGCUGGUGGCGUUGCUAAUUUGAUUGUGUUGUUUAAUAUAUUUCAUAAAUAAAUCAUCCGAAAAUGUUGAAGCAAGUAACCAGGCAAUUGGCCCUCCAGGGAGUGCGCAACUUCUCGGUCAGCCAGCAGAACAACUACAAAGUGACCGUCUGCGGUGCCUCCGGCGGCAUUGGCCAGCCCCUGUCGCUGCUGCUCAAGCAGAAUCCUCUGGUCACGGAUCUGUCCCUGUACGACAUUGUGCACACGCCCGGUGUUGCCGCCGAUCUGUCCCACAUCGAUACCAGGAGCAAGGCUGUCGGAUUCAUGGGCGCUGACCAGCUGGGCGAAUCCCUGAAGGGCUCCGAUGUGGUUGUCAUUCCCGCUGGCGUUCCCCGCAAACCGGGCAUGACUCGCGACGAUCUGUUCAACGUGAACGCUGGCAUCAUCAGGGACAUUGCCAACUCCAUUGCCAAGAACUGCCCCAAGGCCCUGGUGGCCAUCAUCACGAACCCCGUGAACACCUGUGUGCCAAUCGCUGCCGAGAUCCUCAAGAAGGCUGGUGUCUAUGAUCCCAAGCGUCUGUUCGGUGUCUCCACCCUGGAUGUGGUGCGUGCCCGCGCCUUCAUUGGCCACGCCCUGAACGUGGAUCCCCAGACCGUGCAGAUUCCCGUGAUCGGCGGACACUCGGGCGUGACCAUUCUGCCCGUGCUCUCCCAGAGCCAGCCCGUGUUCAAGAGCAGCCACGAUGUCAUCGAGAAGCUGACUGUGCGCAUCCAGGAGGCCGGCACAGAGGUUGUGAAGGCCAAGGCUGGCGCUGGUUCAGCCACCCUCUCGAUGGCCUAUGCCGGCGCCCGUUUCGCUGGUUCCCUGCUGAAGGGCCUCAACGGCGAGAAGAACGUGAUUGAGUGCUCCUACGUGCAGUCUUCCGUCACGGAGGCCACCUUCUUCUCCACCCCGCUGGUGCUGGGCAAGAGCGGUGUGCAGGAGAACCUGGGUCUGCCCAAGCUCAACGACUACGAGAAGAAGCUGCUGGAGGCCGCCAUUCCCGAGCUGAAGAAGAACAUCCAGAAGGGCAUUGACUUUGCCAACGCCUAAGAUGUUAGCAUACCACCAUCCCUCCAUCCAUCCAUUCGCCCCACGAAUUCCUCUUGAUUGUGUACUUCAUUAGCGCCUAUGUCAAGUGUGGCCACAUCCCCGGAUUGGCAUACUUCCAAUUAGCAAAUCUUUCAUUUUAAGUCGGAAAAGUGUGCAACGCUUAGCGUGCCAGAUCUGCGCUCUGUGUGUGGUAAACAAUGCAACCUGUUGAUAUCUGAAAUAAACAAACUAUGAAAUUGGA